AUGAAUGCGACCCACAGCUGCACGGCAGAGAUGCCUUAUGGGUUCCUUCCUCGUCUCAAAGGGCUGUACAUCGCCAGCGAGCUCCUCAUCGCCGUUAUGGCCAUCAUCGGAAACGUCCUGGUCUGCCUGGCUGUCACCCGCAACAAGAAGCUUCGCACGGUCACCAACUACUUUCUGGUUUCUCUGGCGGUGUCGGACAUCCUGGUGGGUUUGGUGGCCAUUCCCUGUGCCGUGCUGACGGACCUGGGUCAACCUCGCCACAACCUGCCCCUCUGCCUGGUGCUGCUCAGCAUCCUGAUGGUGCUCACACAGAGCUCCAUCCUGAGUCUGUUGGCCGUGGCAGCAGAGCGCUACAUGGCCAUCCUCCUGCCCUUCCAGUACCAGCGCAUGAUGAGCCCCAGGAACGCCCAGUUGGCGCUGCUGGUCACCUGGGGCCUCGGGGCCAUCUCCGGCACCGUGCCGCUCAUGGACUGGAAACGACAACCAGCAGACUCUGACUACUGUAUCUUCACGUGUGUGGUGGACAUGAGCUACAUGGUCUACUUCAACUUCUUCUGCUGCCUCCUGGUCCCCCUGGUGGCCAUGAUCAUCAUCUACGCCCACAUCUUCCUCACCGUUCGCCGCCAACUCAGACGCAUCGCCGUGGCCAGAGGAACCGGCGAGGACGCGAGGGCUGGCGCCAGUGGGAGCAGCGGCACCUCCCAGGAGCUGCGGAAGGCCACCUCGCUUUUCAUGGUCCUCUUUCUCUUCACCGUGUGCUGGCUGCCCAUCCACCUCAUCAACUGCAUCCUGCUGCUCUGCCCCAACUGUAACGUGCCCAUGUCGCUCACGCUCACCGCCAUUCUGCUUUCCCACGCCAACUCGGCCCUGAACCCGAUCCUGUACGCGUACAGGAUGAGGUCAUUCCGACACACGCUGAUAGGCAUGUGGAGGGGGGUGUGGAGCGCUGGGCCGAAGCACCAGUAG